AUGUUAGCAAAGAAGAUACUGGAAGAGGUUUUCCAACGAUUGAGCAUCCCUAAGGUAAUUGGAUCAGACAAUGGCCUUGCCUUCAUUGCCCAGAUAUUUGCCAGGACACAAACAAAUAAGGUUCUCCUCAAAUGCUGUCAGGGGUCUGAAGAGUUAUCCUGCAACAAACCGGUUCCUGUAAGUCUUUCUGAGGUCCCCUUCUGUCCACUGCAUUUCCAGUUGUCUCCUGAGAUGUGUAAGCCCCAGCAGGUAUUGUCUGUUUCAGAUGAUCUGAAGCUGGCCCCAUGGAUCUGUAAUUGCGUUCUGCCCACUGAGAGUACACCCCUAGAGUUCAGUGAUGACUUGGACGUUGUGGGUGAUGGUAUGCUGUGCCCUCCGUCGCCCUUGCUUUUUGAUCCUUCACUAGCUCUUGAAGAUCAUUCCUACAAGGAAAUUGCUGGAGGCCCAGGCCAGAUGCAGGUGACUGGAGAUGGGUGCAGAUCUCAUGUACCUCGAAAUUUAAAGAAAGCCUGUGCAUCUUUCCCUCAGCAUGGAUUGACUACUGCAAAUGGAAAACCAGAACCGACUUCUGUCAGUUGA